UUAGUUGGUAUUUACCCAAAGAAUUCUUGUGUCGUAUGCGGUUUGCUGCCGCUAAAUAAAAUUGGGUGUUUCUAAUAUUUUCAUAUAAACUUGUUGUUUUUAUAUAAAUUUACAUAGUCGAAAUCAGUACAAAUCAAAUUAAAAGACUGACGUGUCGUGUUUUGUGGUAUUUCGUGGUGUUUUGGGCGUUUUUGACAUCUGUCAAAGGUUUCAGGAGGGCGUAUUCAUUGCCAAGGAAUCCGAGAGAAUUUGAUUUCAUUUCGAAUCGUUGUGAUUUUAUUUUGGGAAAAAGUGCCUUUGUCUGCAAACGUGCAUGGAAUCGGUGGUGUACAAGUCGCAGAUUCCUUUAUUUUGAGAUUUUCGACCGGAUUCUCCUUUUCUUAUUUCGAAUAGUAACGGAGGCGGCGGCGGAUCGAGGACAGCGUCGUUCGGCGGCGUGAAGGGCGGCGGUGGCGGCGGUGCGCCCAUGGCCACCCYGCACCAAACAACGGGGGCCUACCGCCAGUGGGGCGGCGUCGGCGGCGGCCACCAGCACGGCCAUCCAACAACAGGAAGCACCACGUACUAUCAGAGAUAUCCGGUGAGUCAAACGGCGGCCGCAGCUUCGACGCCGGCGGCGGUUUCCACCGUCACGCAACAGCAACAGCAACAACAACAGGCCUCCUACACGCCCACCACCACCACUUAUAACUCUUCGAACUCGUACGGAAAUCAGAGAGUGCCAACGGCCACGUCGCCAUCCAAUACGAGUAGCUCGAGCAGUCACACGGGCAGUCAAAGCGGCACUGUAUCCACAUCAGUUAGUAACAACAUGCCCAACAACACGAACUCAUCGCCAAACAGUUCUUCCGGUUCAGAACAACUGUCCAAAACCAAUUUGUACAUAAGAGGACUGAAUCCGACUACCACUGACAAGGAUCUUGUCAACAUGUGCCAGCAGUUCGGUACCAUUAUAUCCACCAAAGCCAUAUUGGACAAGACGACAAACAAAUGUAAAGGUUAUGGAUUUGUUGAUUUUGAAAGUCCGUCGGCAGCAGAGGGUGCAGUCAAGGCUCUUACUGCAAAUAACAUACAGGCUCAAAUGGCGAAAGUGGGUAUAUGGUAUCAUCAGCGUAGACAAGCCACUCAACAAGAGCAAGACCCCACCAAUUUGUACAUAGCUAAUCUGCCCUCUCAUUUUAAAGAAUCAGACUUGGACAAUCUCUUGUCGAAAUACGGUCAGGUGAUAUCAACGAGGAUCCUUCGCGAUUCAAUGGGAAUUUCGAAAGGUGUCGGUUUUGCACGCAUGGAAAACAAAGAUAAAUGCGAACAGAUUAUAACGAUAUUCAAUGGGAAUACGUUGGCCGGCUGUAAAGAACCCCUAUUGGUCAAGUUCGCCGACGGUGGCAAUAAAAAGAAAAAUAUGUAUAAGAAUAAUGAGAAUGCGAAAAUGUGGCGUGACGGCACCGAAGGCAUGGCUGUCGCCGGCUACGAUCCGAAUACGUUGGCACAAAACGGCGUCGCGGCGCAGCAUAUGAUACCGGCGGCCAUAUCCAACUUCAGGGCACCCUACGGACAGUAUGCCGGCUACGCCCCCAGCGCGCAAUGGGUGCCGCAGUACGUAAUGCCAGCCCCGAUGCCUCCCGUGGACGACAGCUACAACCUCACCGGUCAUAUGGCGCCGUACAAAAGCGACGGUCAAGGCCCCCGUGGCAUCCCCAUGAUGUUGCCAUCACCGGAGGCGGCCGUUCAAUACGCCAACGUCAUACCUCAGGAUAUGCUUUAUUUACAGUUGACUGCUCAAAUGCAGGCCAUGCAAUUAGGCACCGGUUCGUACAUCUCCCAACCGUAUUCGUACUAUCCGUCACAUGUCAUCCAUACGGUACCAAUGGGUGAUUCCGAACACACUUCUAAUGCGGCUAGUCCCGAGGAUCCAUAUCAGGCAUAUCCGCCUGCACCACCUAAAUAACUUAACACUGAGAAAAAGUAAUUUUUUUAUAAUUGUCACACGAGUUGAAUGUACGGAUUGCACCCGACGAAUUAGAAUUUUUUUUGGAUUUUUUUUUUGAGUCAAAUACACUCAAAGUGGAUUUUUUGUUAGUCUAAGUUAUGGCACGAUCGGUGUAUUUAACUGUGUCGACGUCCGUUAUGGUUUUGCUGCUGUUUUGUUUUCUGAUUUCGGUCAAUUUAUUUUAAUUGUUAACAAUUAAAACAAGAAAAAUGACUGAAAAUACGUGUAAAGUAGGUAUUUUUGAUACAGUAUGUUCCUAGUUUCAAACAUUGUAUUGAAAAACCGGUUAUCUGUGUAAGAAAAGUGGUAUUUUCUGUUAAAGUUUCGCGCUUUUUGUGAGUGUGUGUUGUACAUAAAUGUUACGAGCGGAUUUUUUUCUUACAUGGAUAGAGAAACAUACCAACACAUUUAGAAUUUUUUAGAUUAGAAGACGAAACAUCGUUUUUUAAAGGUCUGACGGUAGAUACAGCAGUGAAAUGAUGCAAACCGUAUUUGAUCUUCCCAAGCCAAAACGGCAUAGGUUAGGUAAAUUAGCAAUUUUAUUUUUUGAUGAAGAUCUACAUAGGUAGUUGUGUGCGCACCGCAGAUGCGAUAAACUGCUCAUUGAAAUCAAAUAAUUCUUCCUACCAUCUAUACAAUAUGAACUGAACUUCCAAUAAUGUCUUAUUUAUUUUUAUUCAAUAAUUUAUUGAAGCUUUUCACUUGUCAAAACCGCCGAUUUGUUUUUUUUUUUUGUUCUUUUUUAUUUGAAGGUUGCACAGCAAAGGUAGUUUUGUUGAGUGGAAGGCACUUGUACAUUAUUUUAUUUCGACUUGGAUCUAAUAACCAUCUUGAUUGACAUUCCAGUGUCCGAACGUGGAAAAUUAUUUAUGAAUUUCAUUUAGAAAAGUUUCCCGUUGUACAGUGCAAUUUUUGUUUUUAUUUUUUAGAUUUAUUUAUAUUUAUAUGAAAAAGUAUAUAUUGGGGAUUCUUUCCUAAAUGGACUGACUUUAAUAACUCUAUUUAUUUCGAUGAUAGGUAUGCUACGACUGAGACAGCUGUGAUUUCGUAAUUUUUUCGCUUUUUUUGCAAUUUUCGGAGUGGUUGGGUCGUAGUGUAUUUGUCAUGUUUUUCAAUUGUGACGCCUUUACGAAAAUCGAGACGAGGCUACCUGGUCUUCAAGCCCUGAUGUUAGUUUUUAUUUAAAAAAAGAAAUAAUAAUUAAGUUUUUCACUUUCAAAAGGCCAGGUCAUGAAUGGAUUUACACGUUAUUGAAAUCGUGCCUUUUCAGAUUGUCCAUUGACAGGGAUAUACUGAAAUAUUUUUAAUAUAUUUUUUUAACUCGGUGUUUUCAUGAAAACCGACAACCAAAUUUUUAACUUCUAGUUGUUUCUAUGUUGUAGUACAGUGGUAAUGUUCGUUUCUGUUAUUGAUUUAGAUUUGAUUGGAGGUCAGGGUAUAGUGCAAAGACACAUUGUAACCACUGCUAUUGCAGAGUGUCUUUAACGGCCCUCCAUCCAAAAUUCGUUUGUGUGUAAAAUAGCUUAUUGGGGAUUUUUCGAUAUGCUCUCGGCCUUCGGGGUUGAAGAAAACUCCCUCAAAACGUGCUUAAAUAUGCCUUAUAUAGAAGUUCAGAAUGAAACUUAUGACGACACGGCGACUUGACCAUACAAUAUUUGAUUCGGAUUAUUGUCGCAAGUGGGGCUUGUUUUUCCACACACACGAGUUAUAUUGCGCCUGCCCACCACCGCCCCCCCAAACUGAAUUGCCUAUGUAAAGUAUAUUUGAGAAAUAGCUGCAACCAAAUAUUGUAUUGACAACACUUUCACUAAUACGAGAAAUUUUUACAUUGUUAACUGAUAGGCUCAGUUUAUUUUUGGUAUACCGCGAUACCACUUGUCAUAAGUGGUAUUAUUUAACUAUUUUUAGACCGUAUUAACGAUGAAGUCAGCGACUACCUAUAAGUCUUGGUCGGGGGAUCACCUCCGGCCUCUGUAUAAAGUACGCGGAUUGUCCGCACUUAAAUUAAGAAUAGCUUGUAGAGUAGUUUAGAGUGUUUAGUUUUUAGGCUUUAGCUUAGAUAGUGUUAAGAUAAAGAAAUAAAAACUAGUUAGAUUGUAGGUUUAGGCGUAAGAUGAAUGAACACACAGAGAUGCAGAGAAAGAGAGUAAGAAAGAGAGAAAAAAAAACGCUGGCCUGGGCUGAGGCACGAGAGCGGUUUUUAGUUAGUGUUUAUAGAUAAAAUAUAGUAUAUAUAUUUAAUUCAUGCUGGAUUGGUGGCCACGUUUAGCAGCAACGUCCUUUUGACUUGUUGGUGAGGAGUGGCUGGACUCCAGGUGGUGUUUAGUCAUAAAGGUGCAUCGCUGCGGGCCUCAGCCGAUGCAGAGACAAUAUUCUGAAUGUCUCGUGGUUGAAUACUACGUUAGCAUAAGUAAGUGUUUUUUAUUGUUGAUUAAGUUAAAUCUGUAUGUUUGUUUUCAAUUCUUUUGUAUUGUAAGUCUAUUUCCUUUGUGUUGGUAAUAAAUUGUAUUGUCCAGGCA